UGAAGGGCGGAUACUGUGCAACCAGACACGAGCUGACACUCUAGCUAUACAAAGAGAAGUACAUAACGCUGAACACAGUGCAUGAUGUCCACUCAACCUAGACCACUAUCACACAAGUCAGACUCGACAGUAACUAACAAAGUGUCUGGACAAACUGGUGCUGCUGCUAUGCCUACAAAGCACAAGAAAUCCAAGCGUCUCUCAUGGACCCUGGGCAGAAAGAAAGCAAGAGACGAGCCUUAUGUUGCAGAUGGAAGUGGCAAGAGCACUGCUCAGAAUGGGUUUGUGAAUGUUGCCCUGGAGGAGGACCAUGUGGAUGGCGACGUAUACACAACCGAUGGACCACUGCAGUCGGGAACUCAGAGCUUGCGAAGGAUCAGCAACAAAUCAAGGUCCCCGCCAUUUGCAGAGACAAACACAAAAACACAGCGUUUCACCCUCCCUCUCUUUGGCCACCUCGGUCGAGCGCAGUCUGCCACUCAAGUCAACACUCUACCACGGAACUUCCACUCCCAUUCUCACUCAUUCUCCAACCCGUCCAGCAUGACCGACCUCUCCAUCAGUCCUCCUCUCUCUCCUUCCGACCUCCUCCGGCCACCACAGCCACCGUCCUACAUGCCUGAGGCUAACAGACGACAGAGAAGAGCCUCCCUGUCUGAGAUUGGGUUUGGGAAGCUACAGACAUACACCAGACUGGAAAAGCUUGGAGAGGGCACCUACGCCACUGUGUACAAGGGAAAGAGCAGUAUCACUGGGAAGCUAGUAGCACUGAAGGAGAUACGACUAGAGCCAGAGGAGGGUGCUCCCUGUACUGCCAUUAGGGAGAUCUCGCUGUUAAAGGACCUGAAGCAUGCCAACAUUGUGCUGCUCCAUGACAUCAUCCACACACACAUCUCCCUCACGCUGAUAUUUGAACACAUGGACAGAGACUUGAAACAGUACAUGGACAACUGCUCUGGGAUGAUGAGCAUGAACAAUGUCAGACUGUUCCUGUACCAGCUGCUCAGAGGACUGGCGUACUGUCAUGCAAGGAGAAUACUGCACAGAGAUCUGAAGCCCCAGAACCUCCUCAUUGGGGAGGAAGGAGAUCUUAAACUGGCCGACUUUGGUCUAGCCAGAGCUAAGUCUGUUCCAACCAAGACCUACUCCAAUGAAGUAGUCACUUUAUGGUACAGACCCCCAGAUGUGUUGUUGGGCUCCAUCGACUACUCAGACAACAUUGACAUGUGGGGUGUUGGUUGUAUCUUCUUUGAGAUGGCGUGUGGGCGGCCCAUGUUCCCAGGCUCAAACACGGAGGAGGAACUCUUACUCCAGUGGAAGGUUCUAGGCACUCCCACGGAGACCAGCUGGCCGGGGAUCACCAAGAACAAGGAGUUUGAGUCGGCCAUGUUCCCAAUCUUCCACGCUGACCCCCUCACCACUCACGCCCCCCGUCUGGCAUCAGAGCACGACGCCAUUGACCUUCUCGAGCAGCUGCUGCGGUUCGAGUCCAAGAACAGAGUAUCGGCUCUAGAGGCGAUGAGGCAUCCUUACUUCGAGUCACUGGGACCAGGAAUACAGCAGCUACCCAACAUUGUCUCCAUAUUCACACUACCCGAAUGUACCCUCUCUGUUAACCCCGGUCAAAAAACACCCAACUCCAUAGCAACGGAUUCAAGAUACAGCAGAGAUCGAAGAAAGAGCACUGUUUAUUGAUGUAGUUGUCAUAGUUACAAGCCUCAUACAAUCGACAGAACCAUCACAACUAUACUGGUAUAGUUUUUUAUUGUGUAAAAUUGUUUUAUUUAAUUUUUUCAUGUUCUUUUGCGUCCAAUGCUUUUUUCUAUGCCCCUUUAUACCGUAUGCUAUUAUACACUUGUUAUUAUUAUUGAUGGAAUGAAA